AUGCGAGUGCAAGAAUGCAAAGAACAAGUGCAAGAAAUGCAAGGAACAAGUAUGAUCGAUGACAGGUCAUUCCGAUGUCCAGAAACAUGCAGAUGCCCAGAAACGUAUCCACAAUGUCAAGAUGGCGUUCCAGUUGUGAUAGAUGGAUGCGGAUGUUGUCCAGUUUGCGCACGGCAGCAAGGAGAUAUUUGCAACAGUGUUCAAGUAUGUGACGUCACCAGGAAACUACAAUGCAUUUAUGCUGAUCCCUUCUCGACGUCUGGGAUAUGCAGAGUGAGAAGAGGUCAAGGGUGCCAUGUUGGGCAGUCAAACUACCGGGAUGGUGAAACCUUUAAGUUGGAUUGUAGGACGCAGUGCACUUGCCAGAAUGGUACGUACGGAUGCGUGUCACUGUGCCCUCACGAAAACGUGCGGCCUUCCUCUAAGUGCCAUCAUCCACAACUGGUAAAGAUGCAUGAAUCCUGUUGCAGGGAAUGGCUCUGCGAUUCAACACUUAUGGAAGACCGUAAAAAACACUGCCAAUCGUAUACCAGCGAAUGGACGCCUUGUUCCACAACCUGCGGUAUGGGAAUAUCAUCACGCAUAUCCAACGAUAAUCCUGAAUGUGAAUUGAAAAAUGAAACAAGGUUGUGUCUUUUGAGACCUUGUCCGAGCGGAGAGGAUUUGCAGCUGAUUACUCCUCAUGGACACCAUGUAAGAAAAAAUCAUGUAUGUCGCGCCACAGUUCGCAGCACCACUCCCAUACGUCUAACCGACGAUGGCAACUGCACUAGCGUUGAGCUGUACCAACCGAAAUACUGCGGAUACUGCACUAGUCAUCAUUGUUGUCAUCCAAAAGUGACCACAAGCAAAAAGAUCCAAUUCAAGUGCAUUGACGAAGAAGGCACAAAUAUUAUGCAGAAAGAAGUCUUGUGGAUUAUCAAAUGCAACUGUACAACGGUUUGCUAAUAAUAGGGCCUCAACCUAUUUUGUAAUAUCUCCUUCUGAUGCUACCGUCCAAUUAAUAUACCAUAAUCGUGUUUUUAGCUGAUACAUCGUUUGCGAAGUAUAACAAAAUGAGAUUUUAGAUACAUAUGAAAAUACUUGUUUAUGUCCAGUCUGCAGAGGAUGUGGAGAUAUACGUGUCCUCGCAAUGCUAUGGUGUAAAGCGGAACUAAGAAUAAACACAAACUUUCGUUAUACAACUAUUUUAGCUAGCUAUAUUUGUUGUCGAAGUUUCGCUGUUGUCUUCAUAAUUUCAAUAUGUCACUCGUAAAAAAGGUCGUAUUUUUUUUCUGUUUUAUUAAAACCUUCAUUUAGGUUAAACUCUGAUAAAGUCAUAAAAUAUUGCAAAAAUAUGUGUUGUGUAUAGUCAGCUUUCGAUUGUAAGAGUUUAUCAUCUAGAAAUAGCUCUAAAAUAAUUUUUCUCAUAUUGCAUAAAAAUGCGUCAAGAAAAAUAUUAGUAAAAUUUAUAUUGGAAUAAUACUAGUGAUAUGCAUAAAAAGGUUUGACACAUGUCAUCAAUUACAAACAGCGAACGGGUAAAAACAUAAAAUUAAUAAAUAAUGUUUGAGUAAGCUAAUCUUUUGAAAAGCAUGCAUUUAUUUUAAAAUUCAUCUUUUAACAUUU